UGGAUUAAACGGACUAAAAUAAUUUUUAUUUAUUUCAAACAUUUUUAAAGAAAGAUAAACAAAGGAAACAUCUCUCCAUGUAAUUUAUUCAGAAAAUUAAAACCGCGUAAACAACGGCGGGUGGAUGUGACGUCACUGCCGGGGACAGCGGGGCGGAUUGAAGCAGAGAAGCAGAUUACCGGAUUACACCUUUAGACAGGACCAGACCCGGACCGGCUGACCCGGACCAGAUCCUGUGGACCCGGACCAGAUCCCGUGGACCCGGUUUGGACCGUGUUUACCGAACAGACGUCGAAGUGACGUCAUUAUUAGAGACUAACGAAGAAGAACGGGCCGCUGUCAGGGCUCGCGCAGCAACACGGUUUCCUUGACAACGGUGUUGCCCGUGCUGUCGUCAUGUCGUCUGUGGAGUCGGGCGGUGACGGUGGGAAGUGGCUGGACGCUCACUACGACCCGGUGGCGGGUCUGUACACCUUCUCAUCCUGCGUGGACCUGGCGGACCUGAGCGGGGACGGGGAGAGUCGGCUGGUGGUUGGUGACCUCGGCUCGGGCUCGUCGGGCAUGAAGCUGAAGGUGUACCGGGGCACGGCGCUGAUGAGCGAGAGCACCCUGCUGGACCUGCCCGCCGGCCUCGUCGCCUUCUUCAUGGACCUGCAUGAGCCACGCAUCCCCGCCGUCGCCGUGGCGUCCGGGCCGUGCAUCUACGUCUACAAGAACCUCCGACCGUACUUCAAGUUCACGCUGCCCGGCCUGGAGGUCAACACGCUGGAGCAGGAUGUGUGGCAGCAGGUGAGGGAGGGUCAGAUCGACCCGCUGACCCUGAAGGAGAUGUUGGAGAGCAUCAGGAAGAAGGCCGACAUCCCGCUGUCCGUCCGCUCACUCAGGUUCCUCUCCUUGGAGACGGACGACAUGGACGAGUUCGUCCAGCUGCACAAGCAGCAGCCAAUCAGACGGCAGACGGUCAUCACCUGCAUCGGGACGCUGAAGAAGAGCACGGCCGACGAGGACGGCGUCAGCUGUCUGGUGAUUGGUACGGAGAGCAGCGACGUCUACGUCCUCGACCCCGAAGCUUUCAUCAUCCUUGCCAAGAUGUCGCUGCCUGCCGCUCCCACCAUGAUGGACGUGACGGGGCAGUUCGACGUGGAGUUUCGCAUCACGGUAGCGUGCCGCAACGGUAACAUCUACAUCCUGCGCAGGGAGUCGGACAAACCAAAAUACUGCGUCGAGCUGCCGUCGCACCCGGUCGGUCUGGUGAGGGUCGGGAAGAACGUGGUGGUCGGCUGCACCGACGAGAGCCUGCAGGGCUUCACGCAGAAGGGGAAGAAGCUGUGGAAGGCCGUCCUUCCCGCUCCCAUCACCACCAUGGCUGCUAUGGACCUGCCCACCAGGGGCUUCCAGGCGGUUCUGGUGGGCCUGGCCAACUGUGAGGUCCAGCUGUACCGGGACAAGAACCUGCUGAGCACCAUCAAGACGCCCGAUGUGGUCACCAGCAUCUGCUUCGGUCGGUAUGGGCGCGAGGACGGGACACUCAUCAUGACCACCAAGGGAGGAGGCCUGAUGGUGAAGAUCCUGAAGCGGACCGCAGCCUUCGACGACAGGGACAACGCACCCGGGCCGCCGCUGGCCCAGAGCGUCCGUCUCAACGUGCCCAAGAAGACGAAGCUGUACGUGGACCAGACGCUGAGGGAGCGCGAGAACGGCCUGGCCAUGCACCGCGCAUUCCAGAUGGACCUGAGCCGCCUGCGCCUGGCCGCCGCCAAAGCCUACGUCAAGGCCCUGGAGUCCAGCCUCACGCCGAUGUCCUCCAGCCUCACUGAACCGCUCAAGAUGAACGCCGUGGUGCAGGGCCUGGGCCCGUCCUUCAAACUGACCCUGAACGUCCAGAACACGGCGGCGUGCCGGCCCGUCAUGAACCUGGCCAUCAGCUUCCUGUAUGACGAGAGCCUGUACAGGAUGAGGAACCCGUACAUGAGGAUCCCGCUGCUGGUGCCGGGACUCGUCUACCCCGUGGAGACCUUCGUGGAGUGCACCAGUGACAAAGGUAUCUCUGACAUCAUCAAGGUGUUCGUCCUGCACGAGGGGAAGAGCUCGCCGCUGCUGACCGCCCACAUCAACAUGCCCGUCAGUGAGGGACUGACACUCAACUGACAUCACACCACGGCGAACGUCACGGCAACGCUCAGCUCAGCUGAUGACAUCACAAGAACUGUCCAAUCAGCGAGCUCCCUGUCAGUCUGGAUGGAUGUUGAUGAGCGGAUCAGAGCAUAGAGAUGUUCGAGAGGACGAGAAGACUCGUCGACGUGUUUGAGUAAAUAUAUUUAUAUUCAUAUUUAUUCAGUAUAUGAUGUACUGUGUGUUUUUUAUAUCUAGUCUGUACGAAGUGAAAUAAUAACACGUUUGUACACAAACGAUCUGUGAAGAUAAAUCUGUCAGUAAUUUAAUAAAGUUCAUCCAUGAUCUGUAA